AAAAAGCCCGCAAAUUAAACACCCGCUACAACCGCACCAAUCGCAUGCCUGAUUACCACACGUACACAUCAUCGUACCAGCGGCUAUGCACCCAUUUCUCACCGAUGUGCCCGGGUUCGUGUGAUGAGCGGCACCAAAUUUGCUUGAGCAGGGAUCGAAAAGGCUGCGCAGCACGGGCCGUACGCCAGGUACGAUGCUGCCACGUGUUAUGACGCUGUUCAUCGCUCUCAGAGGCGAUCGACACGCAAUUCCUUUCAAAACACUUCCCAAACAAAGAUGUUUUAGCCAUCACCACCAAAUACAAAAAACAUCACACACACACCCGCAUGUUAACCAUCAGAGCGCCUGUUUGCGAUUUAUUCCCGUCCUAUAUCACGCCGCAUUUAUGCAAAGCAAUCCCUGCUGCCAUCAAGCUAUCGGUCCGCAUCCUCGUGCUCUUCCGCCUCUGCCUUAUCGCAUGCGAACCGCUCACCGAGGAGGGAUACAUCUACUCGGUUGACGAGCGCAAAUUCCUCGACUACCAGCACAAGCAGGAUGCCCUCGUGUUCGUUGAGUACGACCACAUGCCGCCUGCGUUCAGGAUGGUGGAGACCGAGUCAGGCGCAGUCUUUUUGGAGGAUGAGAACGGCAACGCGCUCGACUCCUCACGCAGCAACUACGAUCUGAUCCUGUUCAAGAAGCAUGGCGGGUGGAACCAGCAGUUCUCGCUGGUGACCGUUCCACGCGACAUGGUAAAGCUGAGAGUCGGCAACCGGUGCAUGACCACCGAAAAGAACAUGAAGUACCUGACAGAGGUGGACUGCGACACGUUCAGCAACAAGCCCGGCCAGUUCUUCAAGUGGAUCAGUAAGAAGGACGAGCAGGUGGUGCGAGAUUACAUCGAGCGGUGCAGACGUGGCGGGCGGCGAAGAGGGCCGCGGUACAACGACGAUGCGUACGACGAUGAGUAUCCGAGGCGGGGCCGUGACAGGCCGUACAGAAGGCGGCCAAGGGUAAGGCGGCGUGGCGAUGGCACACGGGAUGAUUACGAGCCGCAGGAUUACGACAGGCGCGACUACGAUGACCGUGAUUAUGAUAGGCGGUCGUAUGACAGGCCGUACGAUGCGUACGAUGAUUCAUCGCACGAUAAUGAAAGGUGGGAUCAAAGGCUUAAGCCGUGUUUGAACCUCAAUGAGGACAAGCUGAGGGACAAGCUGUACGAUCUGAGGGCAAUAGCGAACAACAACGUUGUGCUGUGAGGUGCACGAUGUGCUGCAAAUGGCGGGUGCCAACGGACACGGAGCAAAGGCAGCUGGGUGUAAUUAGAGGAUGGGGCGUUGUGGUGUGUGAGAUCGGUAGGAAAUAAAAAAAUUGUUAAA